AUGAAAAAGUUUUGCAGCUUCUUGCUCAGAAUUCUGCCUCAGUUUCACUUUGUCGCGGCAUCCCUCAUUCCUAACACCCGCCAGGUUGGAGACCCGCCUAGCGAGCAACUAAUAAAUAAAUUUCACAAGGAUGAAAAUACAGAAGUCCACACCAGACCACUCUUGUCAUUACUUCAAACUACUCACGGGACCUCUUCAGAAGAAAUGGAAAUUUCAAUUAAAAAGGAAGAAAUUCCAUCAUUAGAUCUACACAUUGGUCUUUCAGAUGCCGCUGCCUUGACUGAUGCUGAUAGGGGUACAAAGAGGCUAUCGCUUGGGUAUACAAGCUCUGACAGUAGAGAGCAAAGGGCAUUCCACCAACCAGCUUCAAAAAAGUUGCAACUAGAUCUACAUUUGUCUUCGCGUGUUUCGGAGGUUGGAAAGGAUGAACGCAAUAGAAAUUGA